AUGAAAAUUUUAAAAUUAUUUAUUUUAUUUUAUUUUGUAGAUCAUAGUUUCUCAGUUAAUGUGGAAACAGGUUUCAAUUAUUGCUCAGGUUUAAGAUCUUCAUUAAAUUUUUUUAAUGCAAAUCGAGCUGGUUAUAUAAAGGAUAAUAUUCUAUACGAUUGGCAAAAUAAUGUAACCACAAAACUAGAUACAUAUAAUGACCAGUUUGACGAAAAUGGUAAUGGUUUAUUAUCAGGAGGUUAUUUUAACGAUGGCAGUUAUAUAAAAUCAACUUUUGCAAUUGCUCAUUCUAUGACAUCAUUAGGUUGGGCCUUUAUGGAGUUUAAAGAUAAUAUUAAAUCAUGUACUGGAUUAAAAGAUCAAUAUUUAUCAACAUUAAGAUGGGGUUUAGAUUGGUUGAUGGCAGCACACCCAAGUGAAAAUGUAAUUUAUGCUCAAUGUGGUAAAAGAAGUGAUUUGGCUAAAUGGAAUAUCCCAUCAAAGAUCUAUGAUCAAUACAGCGGAACACCAAAGCGUUCAUGUUGGUUGGUCAUCAAUGAAAAAAAUCCAGGUUCUGAUGUAGCACACGAAAUGACCGCUGCCUUUGCUGUAUCCCAUAUGAUAUUUUCAUUAGUUGACCCAGAUUAUGCCAUCAAACUUCGUACCCAUGCAUUCCAACUUUAUGACUUUGGUGCUAAAUUCCCAGGCAAAUUCUCAAAUAUUAAAAGCGUAGAUCCAAUUGAGUUCCAUUCAACAGGUUAUGGUGAUGAAAUGUAUUGGGCAUCUGCUUGGUUAUAUGCUAUGACUGGUCAAAAUAAAUACCUCCAAGUUGUAAAUAAACCACCAUUCGACUUAACUUUCAAUGACUCAUCAUCGGUAGCAUACAAUUAUGACCAAAAACAAGCUGCUUCUAUGGUUUUGUUAACAAAGAAAUUUGGCUUUUAUGAAAAACAAACCAAAUCAAUAUUAAACUAUUGGAGUACUUUUAUGGGUAAAACUAAGGAUGGUUUGUAUAUCAAUGGGGCAGGUGUUUCUAACGGUUUUUCAAUGGGUGGUUCAUUUUUAGAGGCUAUUUGGAAUAAUAAUCAACCAAAAGAAAGGGUAUUUAAAGAUGCUUAUCAUAUUGGCCAAAUGAAUAUCAUUUUAGGUAAUAAUAGCAAUGGUAUGUCUUAUGUUUGUAAUGUUGGAUUUUUAGGUGCCUCCACUCCCAGAAAUUUACAUCACAGAGCUUCACAUUAUUCUAUAUCAAGUUCAAUUUCAUCACCUGCCAUCAAUACAUAUCCUUUAGAUGGUGCUAUGGUAGGGGGUCCAGUUGAUUCAAUGGAUACUUAUUCAGACGAUAGAACUAAUAUUCCUAUGAACCAACCUACAAUCGAUUUCAAUUCACUCUUUACUGGUGUUAUGGCUUCAAUGAUAUUAAACGAAACUACUCCUGAACAACCAGAUACCCCAACUACUGGCCCUUUCACUACA